AUGGAGGAGUGGACUUUCAAUACCAAACCAGACACGAAAAUCUGCGCGUACAUCACCAGAGGGAAAAGGAAAGGAACCGAAUUAUCGUCAGAGGCAAAAGCUCUUCUGAUAUUCCUUCAUUACUGGGGCGGCAGCUCAUCAACCUGGCACAAACUUACAUCACCGGGCUCACGGCACUGCGUCAGCGAAGACUACCCAACCAUCACAUUCGAUCUCCGAGGCUGGGGCAAGUCUACCGGACCAGUGAAAGAUUACGAAGCCAAUUAUUCGGUUACCAAAAUGGCACAAGAUGUCAUCUUCACUCUGGGUGAGCUUUCUAAGGACACCGAGAAUAACAAGCUUUUGCAACACGGAAUCAUUCUCAUCGGUCAUUCAAUGGGUGCAAAAGUCGCCCUCGCCACUCUAGCUGAGAGUAUGGAUGGCUGGCUGCUACCGAGGAUCCGCGGUCUCAUACUCAUUGCACCGGCGCCGCCGAGUCCUGUGGAUUUACCGCCCGAGAUGAAGGCUCAGCAACAGGCUGCCUACGAGUCGGAAGAUUCGGUUCGCGAGACCAUAAAUUACGUCCUUGCCAAGCCUGCGAAUCUCACUGAAUCUGAUAUCGAUAUGAUUGUCCGUGACAGCUUGGCUGGAAAUUCUUUCGCGAAGAAAGCUUGGCCUUCGUAUGCUAUGAAGGAGGAUAUUUCUGGCCUUGUGCAGAGGGCAAUGGAAAGCGCCCCUUGGAAAGCCCGUGUGAUUGUAGGCGAGGAAGAUGUUGUGGAACCAAUGGACAGAGUGCAAUCUGAGGUGGUGUCAUUCUUGGAGAACACUGGCAUCCAUGUCACCACGACUGUUGCAAAGGGCGCGAAGCACCUUUUACCGCUUGAAGCUCCUGAAAUUAUUGCGCAGGAGAUUCGCCUAUUCUAA